AUGUUGGUCUCCUUGACAGUUGGAAAGGUAGACGCAGGAGUCGCCGUACUCUUAACUCAGGACAACAGACUCAUCGAGUUCCCCUCCGUCCUCCUCCCCAACAACAUCACCUCCGGCAGCAUCGUCGACAUCACUGUCGCGCGCAACCACAGCGCCGAAUCCGCCAGCGCAGCCAACUUCCAGACGCUCCAAAAACGCAUCCUAAACACCUACGGCAUUAAGACCCCCACACCCCCCGUCCUCCGCCUCCGCAACGCAACUCAAACCUCCCUCGUCCUGGAAUGGGACCCUAUUGACCUAGCCACCGCAUCCCUGAAAUCCCUCUCCCUGUACCGAAAUGGCUCCAAAGCCGGCUCCAUCCCCCGUCCGCUCGAAACCCGGAGCACCAAAAUCAGCGGCUUGGCCAUCCACACCGAAUACACCUUCCAUCUCGUCCUGCGCACCACCGCCGGCACCUACCAGUCGGAAAAGCUGGCCUGUCGGACGCACAAGAUGACGGAUCUUUCCGGUAUCACGGUGACGGCGGGCGUGCUACCCCCGCAACAGAAGGAUGCGUUGGCGGCUGCGUUAGACCGGAUUGGUGGAAAGCUGAUUGAUGCGGUCCGCAUUGAUACCACUCACUUCGUCUGCACGGAGGGGCGGGGUCCGCUCUGGGAGAAGGCCGUCGAGAUGAAUAUCCCUGUCGUUGUGCCGGAGUGGGUGGAUGCUUGUGAGGCGGAGGGCACGAUCGUUAGCGUUCGUGGGUAUUAUUUGAAUGCGGAUCCCAAGGCGAGACAGCUGGGCCCGAUUCAUAGUUCCACGCAGCAUCAGCGGACGGUAUCGACGGCUACCUCGUUGGCGCCUCCGGCUGUCCAGGUUCAGACGCCCUCGCGGCAAUCGGAGCAGGACGGCGAGCAGAAUCUCGAGCCCCCGGUUACGCCGUUUCCAGGUGCUGAAAUGACCGGCCAGCCCAUCGCGGAAGAAAAGGAAGUUGACUCAGAAGAGGAGACGGAAUCGCCGCCUCCUCCGCCUCCGAAGGAUGAGGACAGUAAGGGCGAAGCCGAUGGGCAGAGCGAGACACCUCCAUCUCCGCCGGAGAAGGACGAGGACGAGAACGAAGGAGGGGAGACCCAAGAGAACACGCGAGACCAGGAAGACGAAGACCAGGACUCAUCAUCGAGUACCGAUGAUGCGAAGGAGGGCAAAUCCAAAGAGGGAGGAGGCGAAGGAGACUUCAAUGAGGUCCCUCUGUAA